AUGGGUGAAACAAAGUUGAGCCUCGUGAAGGACAACAGGUGGUCACUCCAUGGCAUGACAGCUCUUGUAACAGGGGGCACCCGAGGCAUAGGGCAUGCCAUCGUGGAGGAAUUGGCAGAAUUUGGGGCAUCUAUUCAUGUAUGUUCCCGAAACCAAGAUGACAUUGACAAGUGUUUACAGGAAUGGAAAAACAAGGGAUUCAAUGUGACAGGUUCAGUAUGUGAUGUGUUCCACCGUGAUCAACGCCAAACACUUAUGGAAACUGUUUCCUCCAUCUUUCAUGGAAAGCUCAACAUUCUAGUGAACAAUGCUGCGAGGUACAUAACGAAGAAUAUGAUAGAUCACACUGCUGAAGAUAUAUCACUUAUACUGGGUACCAAUUUCGAGUCGUGUUAUCACUUGAGUCAACUUGCAUAUCCUCUUCUAAAAGAAUCUGGAUAUGGGAGCAUAGUAUCUAUUUCCUCCAUUGCAAGUGUAAAAGCUCAUAAUGUAAUAUCUGCUUUUUCAGCAGCUAAAGGAGCCAUGAAUCAGUUAACUAAGAACAUAGCAUUGGAGUGGGCAAAGGAUAACAUUCGUGCAAAUGCUGUAGCACCCGGAAUAGUUAUGACUUCACUCUUGGAGUCAGUCCUGUUAUAG